ACCAUGAGCAUCUAGGCGCGCGGAUACGUUCCGUGGUAAAAGUUUUCAAAUUCUCAAUAUCGGGCAUGUGGUUUUGUUUUGUGUCAGCAUCUCUUGUGUCAAGUGUUUUCUAUUUAUAAUUUAUAACCCUUCACUCAAUUCUUCUGAGGGAAGUUGUCUUUCAGUGGAUUUUUGGAAUAUUUGUUUUGAUUUUUGAGGAUUUGCAAAUUGCUACCUGGAGAUAUGGGAACCAAAAAACAUGAAAACUCUCAUUCCGAUGUGCCUAUCUUUGUCCGCUGUGGAUUCGGCUGGUUGACAUUCAUCGCAGAAGUCCUUUUGGCUGGUUCUUUAGGACUUAUACUCUUCUGGGUCUUCAACUACCAUGGCGGAGUCGCAUGGUCUGGGGAUGGCAGCAAGCAAAUGAACCUUCACUACGUCCUCAUGAUAGCUGGCUUUACUUUCAUGAAUGGACACGCCAUGCUUGUGUAUCGUUGUUUUCCCUGCUGCAAGAAGAUCUACGGGAAGAUAGUGCACGCUAUCCUCUUCGUGAUGUCCAUAGCCUGCAUUUGCAUUGGAAUGUACGCUGCCAUCGAUGCACACAAUGAUGGACUCAGACCUGUACACUUCUACAGCAUGCACUCUUGGAUUGGAUUAGUUGCCUGUGGUCUUUUCGGAUUACAGUUUGUCUUUGGAUUCUUCACUUUCCUUGUCCUCAUCUGCUGUGAUAAAGCCACUGCCAAAUUCCGACAGACAAUGUUACCCACUCACGUGACUUUUGGAAUCGUAAUCUUCACCGUAGCAGCUGCUGCUUCACUCACUGGUCUCACUCAAUCUGCCAGAUACAGGCUGAGUGGAAAAGAUGGUAAACCCAACUACAAAGACUUCCCAGAUCAAGGAAUCAUUCUCAACACCCUUGCUAUGUGCCUCAUCGCCUUAUGCAUCAUCAUUCCCUACAUCAUCCGCAACAGCACCUACAAACGAUACACAACCCUCACCAUCAACUGAUUUAAACACCUGUCGCCACAAUAUUAUUUACUAAGACUCAUUUUUUUUUUUUUACCAAGGCGAUUAAAGAUGGCGGCUGACUUGGAUGAUUGGUAGUCGACUUAUUGACUACAUCAUGCAAGUCAAGUUAAAUCUUCAUUUGAAAUGUUUUUAUAUAACUGUGCUUUAUGAAGUAUGUUUAUCGCUGUGUCCUUCUCAGAUUAAGAAUUGGGAAGGGCUUUAUAAUUUGAAGGAUGCAUCUUUACUUGACGUAAAUGACAUUUCUUAUUUCCAUUUGUAUAUUUGUCUUUUAAUAAUUUUAGUGGAAACAAAUAUUUUUAAGAUAUUUAUUUAUAAACCUUUUACUGAAACUUUAGAAAUUUUUGUACAUUAGUAUUGCUAUCAUAUUGAUUAUAAAGCAAUGUUUUUCAGAAAUAAAUUGCUUUCAAUUCUU